CAUUCCCCCAUCUGCAAGGAAAGCGAACCUGCACUCCGUGGCGCCGCCGCCGCCGUCGCAUCGCAUCGCCCCCGGGCCACGACGCCGAAACCUAGCUCCUCAAUUCUCACCGCCCACCUCUGACCUCCUCCCCCCUCCCCGGUCCCCGCACCCGGAACCCGCGGCGAGAUGGCCUCGACCUGCUUCCGCGCCGCCGCUCGCGUGGCCUCCGCCGUCGGCCGGUCGGCGGCGGCCGCCCGCCCCGCCCCCUUCGCGGGCCGCGCCGCCUCCGCUGCCCGCCGCGCCCCGUGCUUCUCCAGGGUUCCGGUGGAGCUCGGGUGCUGCGCGGGGUUGACGCUCCUGCCGCUGCACAGCGCGGUGGCGGCGGCCAGGCUGACGUCGCGGCUGAGCACGGACUCGAGCUGCCGCGCUCUCUCUCAGGAUGAAAAUGAUGGUACGUGAAACAUUUACGCAAUGUCUUAAGAGAUGGGUCUAUCUGUUCGAAGGUGAUAAACCGCUGGAAGACCUGCUCAUGUCAUGCUAUUGGGCUGAAAUGAUUUUUUUUAGAGUAGUUUAUCUGUAUGAACGUCGGCAGCACUACUUUUUUUUAUACCUAAUUUACAAUCUUGGCUAUAUGAUAUUGUUCAAGGUUUUGAGUUAAUGCCUUUUGAUAUCCUUUGAUGAAAGAAAACAUGCAAGGACAGCAUACGGCUUGCUGAUGUCUGGGCUGUAUUCGCUCAGCACAAUUCUGAAUGCCUAUUCUGUUAUAAUAGGGAGGAAUGAUUUGAUAAUUGUUGUUGAUGAGUAUACUAGUAUUGCAUAUGCUAUCAGUUUCUUUAAAUUUGUGAAUGAGAUGGUCCGGACCUGAA